GGGUGAUCUUUAGGCGCGCUCUUAACGUUGUUUAUACAGACGUUAAAAAUAACCACCUCACGCAUCGCAAGCUUACUUAAACUAGUACGAAACCGUCAAUGUAUACAAAUAAUUACAGUUAUUUAGCGGAUGCUAAUCGCUCUGAUACAUUUAUAUAAAUCAUUAUCAAGUGUGAAUGACGCACGCAAAGUCACUGUGGAAGGGAUUUUCGCUGGCAUUUAAAGACAUUUUUCUUUUGUCGAUAAGCUAUAGCAAGUUAUUCUGAAAACUUAUACUAAAAUGGAGGCAAAAAUAUUUGUGUUGUUGACUCUUUGUUAUACAGUGUCCAGUGUUCCCAUAAGCACUAAUUUCAUAUCUGAAGAAGUAGCUUCGAAUGAUCAUAUAAUCAUGAAGAGAUUCGUAAACCCUUCAUUGCCGUUGGGGGAAUUUUCAAGGGAUAGUCUCAGUCGAGUACGAACAAAGAGAAGUGAGGAAGAAGAAUGUGAAAAGCUCGAUUUAUGCAAGUUGCACGCCAGAUCCCAGCGCAAUUUUAUAGCGGCGUUUCAAUUGUAUUUUGUCAACAAAGAGAACGCAAGGCUUUGGGACCAUCGGGCUCAUACAAUAUCGGACUGCUACCAACUCUACAGCUGCUAUAGAUAAUAAUAUUUCCUUGUUUUUACUCAUUAAGUACAACAAAAGUUAUAUUAUCUUUACUUUUGUAAGUCCAUGAGAGUAGUCAUCUGGAGGAAAUCACCUGGCGAUUAAGCAAGAAAUACAGUGGGGAAUAAACUAC